AUGGCAAAGACCGGUUACUGCUACACCUGGUACAGUGUCGGUGCCCUCUCCAAUCGAUCGGUGGCGUCCUUAUACACGGUUGACGAACGUAGUUACGAUGCCAAGAUCUACAGUUUCACCAUCAUCCUAGAUGAAAGUCAAGCCGGAGGAGAUCCCCUACUGCAUCGGCUUCAUGACCGUCGGCCAGAUGCUGGCAUCGUCUUCGGCACCGGUAUCUCGGGCGCUCUGUUUGUCAACUUUGCGCAGCAGGCUGUCCAGAAAGUGUUCACUCUGGCCUCUGAGGAUGAGAUCUCCAAUGCGAUCUCCGGUGUCGAGAGCCAGCUUCUCAGCUCUGCAUCAGGGGAGCACUAUUCCCAUGCGACCCAUGGUAUCACUAGGUGUUGCUGGCAUAUCUUCAUCAGGUGA